GCAUCGCAUCGCAGCGCCCCGCUUGGCUCGCUUGGUUCGCCUGUCUCCUCCGUGCGUGCGAUCCAUGUGAAAAUCGACAUUAAAUAGCAGCUUAAACGCUUUGGAUUACCUAUUGGAUAACAUCCUGAUUUUUGACAGAAUCACUCGAAUUGGAUUACCUAAACCAUAAACCGUCAUGUUGAGUGUUAAUUAUAAAAUGUUUGCCAUCAUCUUGGCAACGACGGCGGCGACACUUUGGAGCAGCCUCGGACUCGGCCAGGCGCAGUUGCUCGACGAGGACGAUGACUUGGCUUUCGGCAGGCCAUGGCCCACGUACAGUCUGCAGAAUAUGCCGAAGACUCAGUUCACCUGCCACGACAAGAUACUCGGCGGCUACUAUGCCGAUCCCGACACCCAGUGCCAGAUGUUCCACGUGUGCGUGAAGCUUCCCGGAAUCGGGCUCCUACAUCGAAGAGCUAAUCCGUUUGUCCAACAGGUGCAGGACUAUCGGUUCCUCUGCCCCAACACGACGGCCUUUGACCAGGAACUGCAGAUCUGCGCCAAUUGGGCGGACGUGGACUGUGACAAGGCCACCUCCUUCUACGACAACAACAAUCUGAACGAUCUGUACCGCGAUGGCGAUAGCAAGGGCGCCAACGAGGAGGAGGCCACUUUCCAUCUGCAGCGUGCCGAAACAGGCGAUGUCCGUCGAUCUAAGGAGAACAGCCGCGGCGGUGAGCAGAAGUCACGCCCGCGACAUAAUUAUGCCAGCUCCAGCUCCAGCUCGAGUCCCAAUUUGGAUAUCACGCAACCCACCAAGCGACCCAUUUCCAGCUAUUACACGCCGACAACAUCGAGCAGCACCUCGACCACAAGCACCACAACGACAUCCACGACGGAGCGCAGCUAUUACAACAACAAUUACGGCAACAACAACGACGACUCAAAGCAAGACUUUGAUGAUAUCUUCAAGGGUUCCCAUAGCUCGCACUUCUUCUCGAACCGACAGGGCGGGCGUGAGUACGAUGAGGAAUCGUCGGCGGGAGUGCGCUCCAAGCCCAACGACUUUAGCGAUUACAAUCGCAAGACGACGGAGGCGUCCAGCAAGUCGCGAGUCACGCCCACUCGAGGACAGCGCCCUACAAGUAGCACAACCCCAAGCACCGCAGCUCCAAGCACCACCAAAUCGGUGAAAAAGAUCACUCUGCAUGCCUCAUUCAACACGGACUUCCUGGACUAUACGCCACAAGCCAGGUCCACGACCACGCCAAGACCCAGCAGCAGCAUCACCAGUCGCUUCAGCUUCGGCGUGAACGACUACCAGACCCAGGAGCGCAUCCAGCCUACCACCUAUAAUCCGAACAGCGGCGCCUAUCGCUUCAAGAGCACGCCCCCGCCCAAGUACACGGAACAGCCAUCGAGCUCCACAAAGUUGACGGGCAAGAAUGUCCAGGACUUCGACAAGGAGACCACCAAGAGGAACAAGCCCACGGUAGCAGCACGCAAACAGAAACUGGGACCCCAGGAAUCGAACUAUAUAAACCACAACGAGUUCGUCGACAUCCCCAAGAGCAAGGUGCAGCAGCCGCAACCCUUCCAGGCCACGCAAAACAAGCUGGAGCCGCACUAUCAGCGCCCCAAGCCUCAACAGCUGUCCCGAGUGGGCACCCAGGAGCCGGCGCCUUUCAAAGCAUCCGCCAGUUCGGGGCCCAGUGCAAAGCCGCGUUCAUUUACCAGCCGCGGCAGCAUCACCUACAAGGCCACCACCCAACGGUAUGCGGAUGAUGAGCUGCACUUCCCCUCCACGGCGGCCAGUACGUCGGCAUCCGCUGCAGUGAAGAAGGUAACGCAUGCGGCCAAGGACUCAUUCACACCGACCACCUUCAAGCCCACGACAUACAAGAAGCUCUAUGAGCAGAAUUUCUAUCAGGCACAGCAGAAACAGCGACCCAGUCAGAGUACGACGAAGAAGGCAUCGACUGUGGCUGGAGCUCUGCCUACCACUGCCAAUCCGUACUACAAUGUGGAUGAGGACGACGGUCAGUACCAUCCGGAGCUGUAUGAGAACGACUUCCCACGCAAUCGCUUCAAAUUCCUGCGCACCCGAUCCUCCAGCUCCACGAGCACUACCACGCCAAGUGCUCCGCCGUCUAGCCGGCAGCCGCAUGGCUUCAGCCACAACUUCCAGCAGGCGCACAGCCAUCUGAAGAGCCAGCAGCAGUCCGCCUAUCAGAAGGAGCGGGAGUCGGACCUCAGUGACGAGGAUGAGCUCUUCAAGACGGCGCAAUCGCUGAACUUUGGCGCUGCCAGCAUCAACAAGCUGCGGGCCGACAUCUACAAGGCGGAGAAGACGUCGCAGCAGUACAACUCUCAGUACAGUCCGCAGAUAACGCCAUCUAGUCCGAAGACAACCGCCCAGACCACCAGCCGGCCGACGACUUACAGCAGCAGCACCACCACCCAACUGACCAGCACCACUACCACCAGCACCACCAGGCGACCAACUCCAAGCACAACGAAGACGACCACAACCAGCACGACAAGUGCCCCUGUGGAGGCGAAGAAGUCGGCCAGGAGCAAAAAGGAGAAGCAGCUGGACAAGAAGGAUAGGCCAGCCGGCAAACGGCAGCGGCCACCGUAUGCGGAUGAGGACACCAGCUACGACUAUGCCUACUACGACACGGACUGAGCUACAUCCGCUCGCUGGUCUGGCCUCUAGCCCAGCACCCAGCACUCGAACUAACUACUUACACAACUGUACCUUUAAAUCCAUUUUGCACUGCCUUGACCAUUAACUACUAUUCAUAGCGUAAACGAUCCAACAUCCACAUACAUCCAUUUCUUCAGCGUCAUUUUUCUAGCAGCAGCUACAUAGGUGUCACAGUACUUUAAAGAUCAUCCCAGCUCUAGCUCCGUUCCGCCUGCACUCGCUCGCAUUAUCUUUCAUAUGCAUAUCGAAUAAUGACCUGCUUAGCACCCAUUAACACUCGCGUACAUUCAUUCAAUCAGAUUUCAGAUGCGUUCUAAUGAAUUUCCAUGCGUGUAUCUAGUUAUUUAAAUAAAAAAGUAUAUGUUUAGUCGUUAGACAAUUGUUAAAAUGAAGCAAAUCGGGAGCGAAAAUUGUAUCGAAGAGUGGCUGAUUUUGUACUUGUUGUGUAAUAUUCAAUGAAUUCACUACAAAAUUGUAUUAACUUUAAGGUUUCUUGUAAAUAAAAUGAUAUGUAAUUCAUAAAA